GAAACUUUAGUGUGGAUUCGUAGAAUGUCGUCUGAUCUUACAGAAUAAAAUAUAAAUAUAUUUCGAGAUCUAGUUUCUUUUAGAUUCAAAAUUUUUGUAGAAAUAAUUGUCAAAAUAUUUAAAAAAAUUGUUGCCUUACACUUACAUUUAAACUGGGAUGUCUGAUUUAGAAAAAAAAUCUAAAUCCAUAACUUUUACAGACUAUGAUGUCCUUGGUUUUGAUAUGGACUUCACACUCGCCCGAUACAAACUCGUACCAUUUUACAAAAUGGUAUACAGAGGUGUUUGUAAAUAUUUAGUUGAAGAAAGAAAUUACGAGCCAUCAAUUUUUCAUGAGCUGGAUCAGGAUAAAGAUUUAAUCUACAAAGGUCUGCUGGUGGACUUUGAAAAGGGAAAUGUUCUAAAGCUGGAUAAACAAGGUAGCAUACUCAGGGCCACCCAUGGAACAAGGAAGCUGACCACAGCACAGCUGGAAGAAGCCUAUGGUAGAGAGAAAAAGUUUUCACAUUUCCAAACUUUCAUGCAGGGCAUGAAGUGUCUAGCAGGAAGAUGGAGAUUUUUUGAGAAUUAUUUUGAUAUCCCAGCACUGGUGGCAUUUGCUAGAAUAAUUGACAGCAUCAAUGACAAGAAAACUGUGGUGACUGAGGACAAGAAAACAUUUUUACAUAUAUGGACAGAUGUGUACGAUGCUUUAGGAGAUAUGUACACACCACAACAGUUUAAAGCAAACCAAGGCAACUUUUUCCCAAACAUGAAGGCGGACGUUGGGGCGUACAUCGACCUGGUGAGCCCCGCUAUCAAACAGUGGCUGACAGCUCUCAGACAGGACAACAGGAAGAUUUUCUUGUUGACGUCAUCCUUUCCUGACUUUGCUACACACAUCAUGGAGUAUUCAUUUGGUCCUGACUGGAGGUCCUACUUUGACCUGGUUGUCUUUGGUGGAAGAAAGCCCAGAUUUUUUACAGAGGUGGAGCCUUUUAUGGAAGUUGAAAAUUUGGAAAUUGGUCAAGAGACAAAAUAUCUGCAGGAAGGCGGAGAGUAUUGCCAUGGCAACCACCUGCAGUUAAUGACAUUUUUUAAGAAAAUUACUGGAAAAACUUAUCCUAAGGUUGUCUACUUUGGUGACAACCUUUGGGCUGACGCCUGGCCGUCCAAGACCUACGGCCAGUGGGACACAGUGCUGGUCCUGGAGGAAAUGGAUGCUGAGGGUUACGCUGUAUCUGAUGGCACAGUCACUGAGCAAGAGGGGGCAUUUACUAAAGGGUUUAAGCACAGCUCGCUAGUGACCGCUCAAGAAAUCCAACUGAUGGUCAGUGAUUUCUGGGGCUCUGUUUUUAUUGACAACCUGAAGGACAACCAGGUCUUGGAGGAGAAACAGAUGAACACAGCCUUUGGUAGCCUGAUCUCCACAUACGCUGAUGUUUGUGUGCCCAGCAUUGAGUACUUGGCAGGUGUACCUAUUGAUCACGCCUUCAGCAUCUUUGAGAGAGAGCCAGGAAAUUGUCAAGGUUUUCACCCUGGAUGUCCACAGUCCUUGGCAGUCGUCUCUUAGUUAAAUAUACCAUCCACCAACACACCAAUACACCAACACCACUAUCCACCAACACACCAAUACACCAACACCACUAUCCACCAACACACCCAUACACCAACACCACUAUCCACCAACACCACUAUCCACCAACACAACUAUCCACCAACACCACUAUUCACCAACACACCCAUCCACCAACAAACCCAUCCACCAAUACCACUAUCCACCAACACAACUAUCCACCAACACCACUAUUCACCAACACACCCAUCCACCAACAAACCCAUCCACCAAUACCACUAUUCACCAACAAACCCAUCCACCAACACCACUAUCCACCAAUACCACUAUCCACCAACACCACUAUUCACCAACACACCAAUACACCAACACCACUAUCCACCAACACACCCAUACACCAACACCACUAUCCACCAACACCACUAUCCACCAACACAACUAUCCACCAAUACCACUAUCCACCAACACCACUAUUCACCAACAAACCCAUCCACCAACACCACUAUCCACCAAUACCACUAUCCACCAACACCACUAUUCACCAACACACCCAUCCACCAACAAACCCAUCCACCAACACCACUAUCCACCAACACCACUAUCCACCAACAGUAAUGUUAUGGUAAACUGUGAUGAACAACAAGGUGAUUCUGUAAAUAGAUAAAAUAAAUACAUUGAUAAACUUAAAGCUAGUGGCUCAGCUAACCAUAAAACAUUUCUGGCUUGAACACGUCCAAAUUCUAGGGCUGGAAAUGUAGUUCAAGCAUAAUGGGAGAUAUUGUGUGGGCAUUUAAAAUAUUUUUGAGUAGCUGAAUAAUUUUGUCAUUUCUUGAAAAUUCUUGCAACCAGAUAUUAUGGCCAUUUGGUUUACAAACAAAUAUUGUGGGCAUUUGGUUUACUAUCAAUUAUUGUGGGCAUUUAUAAUUUAUUGUAAUCAAAUAAUGUGUUCAAUUUUUGUGGCCAAAUUUUACUGUAUGUCUUUUUAAUGUUUAAAAUUCUGGACAUUUUGGAGGAUGUUUAGUAAUAGAAGGCUCCUAUAUUGUUACAACCUUAACUUAGUGGGUGCCUAUAUUGUUACAAAGAUGUUUGUGGGUCCCUAUUUUGUGGGUCCCUAUUUUGUUAAAACCUUAACUUAGUGGGUCCCUAUAUUAUUGCAACUUUAACUUAGUGGGUCCCUAUUUUGUUACAACCAUGUCUGUGGGCCCCUUAUAAGUUUGUAAUGAUACAGGGACCCACAAGUAUAAGUAAUGCUUGUGGGACCCUAUAUGUGUGCAACCAUAAGCUAGUGGGCCCCUAUAUUUUCUCAUUGUUACCUGGACUGUUGACUGUAGGGUGUGUGAUUCCACCUAGCCCUGAUGGGUACCUGACUCAGGGAAAGUUGCAUAGUACUGACACCACCCCUCAUCUUUUGAGGCCAAGGGAAGUAUACUUUGGAUGUACCAAACUGGUGAUAUUUCAUUUGAGCUGAUUGUUGAUGCGGAUUGUAAGAAAGAGUGAGGAGAAAAUAUCAGGUUUAACAUGCAUGAAUUUGAUGGAUAAAAUGUAAAUAAAUUAACAAUAUGUG